AAAAACAAAUAACCCCGCCUCUACUUCUUCCCUGACCUCCAAAGUUUCUCUCUCUCUCUCUCUCUCUCUCUCUCUCUCUCCCUUAGAUGGUCGCCGGAAACGGAUAUACCUGAGAUUCAAAUCUCGACUUUCAUAAACCAUUGAAGAUGCAAGGACGAGACGAGGAUCUUGUCCGAACAAUGAGCGGGAGAGGUGGGAGUUUAGCCUCAAAUAGUCACCGGAGUUUAGCCGAAGCUGCUUCAAGAAGCUUCAGAGAAGUGUUCGCUUCCCCGACGGACGACGUUUUUGGUCGGAGCGAACGGAGAGAGGAAGAUGAGGUGGAGCUCCGGUGGGCGGCGCUUGAGAGACUACCGACUUACGAUCGGUUGAGGAAAGGUAUGCUGCCGCAGACGAUGGUCAACGGUAAAGUUGGACUUGAAGAAGUUGACCUGACGAAUCUUGCACCUAAAGAGAAGAAGCAUCUUAUGGAUAUGAUUUUGAAGUUCGUCGAAGAAGAUAACGAAAAGUUUCUCCGGAGAUUGAGAGAAAGAACUGACAGAGUGGGAAUUGAGGUUCCGAAGAUUGAAGUAAGGUAUGAGAAUGUUUCAGUGGAAGGAGAUGUUCGUAGUGCGAGCAGAGCUCUUCCUACUCUCUUCAACGUCACUUUGAAUACCAUCGAGAGCAUUCUUGGAUUAUUCCACCUCCUGCCAUCUAAUAAGAAGAAGAUUCAGAUACUUAAAUCUAUCAGUGGCAUUAUCAAACCAUCAAGGAUGACCUUAUUACUUGGUCCACCAAGUUCAGGGAAAACAACUUUGCUACAAGCUUUGGCUGGGAAGCUUGAUGACACCCUCCAGAUGUCUGGGAAGAUAACUUACUGCGGUCACGAGUUUAGCGAAUUUGUUCCUCAAAAGACUUGUGCCUACAUUAGUCAGCAUGACCUUCACUUCGGAGAGAUGACAGUGAGAGAGACACUGGAUUUUUCGGGGAGAUGUCUAGGUGUUGGGACUCGGUACCAGCUGCUUACGGAGCUCUCAAGGAGGGAAAAAGAAGCUGGAAUAAAGCCAGACCCUGAGAUUGAUGCAUUCAUGAAAUCCAUUGCGCUAGCAGGGCAAGAAACUAGUCUGGUUACAGACUACGUUCUUAAGAUACUUGGUCUAGACAUGUGUGCUGACACACUUGCUGGAGAUGUGAUGAGACGAGGUAUUUCUGGUGGACAGAGGAAGCGUCUAACAACAGGAGAGAUGUUGGUUGGACCGGCCACAGCUCUUUUCAUGGAUGAAAUAUCAACAGGGUUGGAUAGUUCCACAACAUUCCAAAUCUGCAAGUUCAUGAGGCAGUUAGUUCAUAUCGCGGAUGUCACCAUGGUUAUUUCGCUUCUACAACCUGCUCCCGAGACAUUUGAGCUUUUUGACGACAUCAUCUUGCUCUCAGAGGGUCAGAUUGUCUACCAGGGGGCCCGAGACAAAGUUCUUGAGUUCUUUGAGUACAUGGGGUUCCAAUGUCCUGAAAGAAAAGGUGUUGCAGACUUUUUGCAAGAAGUUACGUCUAAGAAGGACCAAGAACAGUACUGGAACAGGAGAGAACAACCUUACAGCUAUGUGUCCGUAAGUGAUUUUUCAAGCGGCUACAAUUCUUUUCAGACUGGGCAACAACUUGCUUCAGAAUUCAGGGUUCCUUAUGACAAAGCUAAAACCCAUCCUGCUGCACUAGUGACACAGAAGUAUGGUAUAUCAAACAAGGAGUUAUUCAAGGCAUGCUUUGAUAGAGAAUGGCUGCUUAUGAAACGCAACUCCUUUGUUUAUGUGUUCAAGACCGUUCAGAUUACCUUCAUGUCUUUGAUUGCCAUGUCGGUCUUUUUUAGGACAGAAAUGCAUGUUGGUACGGUGCAGGAUGGUCAGAAGUUUUAUGGUGCACUCUUUUUCAGUUUGCUCAAUCUAAUGUUUAAUGGAAUGGCUGAACUAGCAUUCACAGUGAUGAGGCUUCCAGUUUUCUUUAAGCAAAGGGACUUCUUGUUCUAUCCUCCAUGGGCUUUCGCCUUACCAGCUUUUCUUCUGAAGAUCCCAUUAUCUCUUAUUGAAUCAGUAAUAUGGAUCGUUCUUACAUACUACACUAUUGGUUUUGCUCCUUCUGCUUCCAGGUUCUUCCGGCAGUUAUUGGCAUACUUUAGUGUGAAUCAGAUGGCCCUUUCUUUGUUUAGAUUCCUUGGAGCCCUUGGAAGAACUGAAGUAGUCGCAACCUCAGUCGGGACCUUGUCAUUGCUAGUCGUCUUUGUUCUUGGAGGCUUCAUUGUUGCUAAAGAUGACAUCCCAUCAUGGAUGACUUGGGCCUAUUACAUAUCACCUAUGAUGUAUGGACAGACUGCGUUAGUUAUGAAUGAAUUUCUUGAUGAGCGAUGGGACACUCCAAACAAUGAUACACGCAUUGACGCGAAAACAGUUGGAGAAGUCUUGCUGAAGAGCCGAGGCUUCUUUACAGAGCCAUAUUGGUUUUGGAUAUGUAUCGGAGCGUUACUUGGAUUUUCUGUGUUGUUCAAUGUCUUGUACAUCUUAGCCUUGACGUAUUUGAACCCUCUCGGUGACUCAAAAGCUACAGUUGUGGAAGAAGGUAAAGAGAAACAUAAAGGAAAUAACCGUGGAACAGAAGGUGAAAUCUUUUACCUCAUUAAUUCUGUAGUAUCUUUUCAUUUUGAUUAUUCUGACUCUACUAAUUCUGUAGUGGAACUCACUAGUACUUCAACAAAGAGAGGAAUGGUUUUACCUUUUCAACCGCUCUCUCUUGCAUUUAGUCAUGUGAACUACUACGUUGAUAUGCCUGCCGAAAUGAAAGCUCAAGGAGUUGAAGGCGACCGCCUCCAGUUACUAAGAGACGUUGAUGGAGCUUUCAGACCAGGCGUAUUGACAGCACUGGUCGGUGUCAGUGGUGCCGGUAAGACAACCUUAAUGGAUGUCCUGGCUGGCAGGAAAACAGGAGGCUACAUCGAAGGGACUAUUAGCAUAUCUGGUUACCCAAAGAACCAAGCAACAUUUGCUAGAGUCACUGGUUACUGUGAACAAAAUGAUAUCCAUUCUCCACAUGUUACCGUUUAUGAAUCCCUCAUUUACUCAGCAUGGCUUCGUCUUUCCGCUGAUAUAGAUGUCAAAACUCGAGAGAUGUUUGUUGAAGAAGUGAUGGAGUUGGUUGAGCUCGAACCCCUUAGAAACUCUAUAGUUGGUCUUCCUGGAGUAGAUGGUCUUUCAACAGAACAGAGGAAAAGGCUUACUAUUGCAGUUGAAUUGGUAGCUAACCCGUCAAUAAUAUUCAUGGACGAGCCAACAUCUGGUCUUGAUGCAAGAGCUGCCGCCAUCGUUAUGCGUACUGUUAGGAAUACCGUUGAUACAGGAAGAACUGUAGUUUGUACAAUUCAUCAGCCUAGCAUCGAUAUUUUUGAAUCCUUCGAUGAGCUUUUGUUGAUGAAACGAGGAGGCCAAGUUAUAUAUGAUGGAAGUCUAGGCCAUCACUCACAAAAACUCGUUGAGUACUUCGAGGCUAUUGAAGGGGUCCCGAAGAUCACAGACGGAUACAAUCCUGCGACGUGGAUGCUUGACGUUACUAGUCCUUCAAUGGAGACACAACUGAGCGUGGACUUUGCUCAAAUAUUCGCCAAAUCCUCUCUUUAUCAGAGGAAUCAGGAACUCAUCAAAGAGCUCAGUACUCCACCACCAGGAUCUAAUGAUCUCUACUUCCAAACCAAGUACGCGCAACCGUUUGCUACUCAAAUGAAGGCUUGCUUCUGGAAACAGUAUUGGUCAAGCUGGAGAUAUCCUCAGUAUAAUGCCAUUCGGUUUCUCAUGACAAUAGUCAUUGGUUUCAUGUUUGGUCUAAUUUUCUGGCAAACAGGAACCAAAAUAGAAAAAGAGCAAGACCUGAAUAAUUUCUUUGGAGCCAUGUACGCUGCUGUAAUGUUCCUCGGUGGCACCAACGCUUCAACAGUUCAGCCUGCGAUUGCCAUUGAGCGAACUGUGUUCUACCGGGAAAAAGCAGCUGGAAUGUACUCUGCCAUUCCCUAUGCAAUUUCUCAGGUAGCGGUGGAAAUAAUGUACAACAUUAUACAAACUGGACUCUACACGCUAAUCCUUUACUCGAUGAUCGGAUACGACUGGACUGCUGUCAAAUUCUUCUGGUUUUACUUCUUCAUGUUAACAAGCUUCGUUUACUUCACCUUAUACGGUAUGAUGCUUGUGGCCUUGACACCAAACUAUCAAAUAGCCGGAAUCUGCAUGUCAUUCUUCAUGAGUCUCUGGAAUCUUUUCUCCGGUUUCCUCAUCCCUAAACCGCUAAUACCGAUAUGGUGGAGAUGGUACUACUGGGCAUCGCCCGUGGCUUGGACGUUGUACGGGAUCAUCACAUCUCAAGUAGGAGACACAGAUGCGAUAGUGCGCAUCAGUGGUGUUGGAGACACGAGUCUGAAAACGUUGCUCAAAGAUGGAUUCGGGUUUGAACAUGACUUCUUACCAGUUGUAGCCGUUGUCCACAUAGUAUGGAUCCUUGUUUUUCUCUUUGUCUUUGCUUAUGGUAUCAAGUUCCUCAACUUCCAAAAAAGGUGAAGAAACCGUUUUUUUUAGAAUUUGGAGUUGAUCAUGUAAAUUUGCUCUUCAUGUAUUAUUAUUACCCAAUAAUAACAAGACAGCUCAUGUUUUGUGAUAAAAUUAUACUAUACGUUUGAUAUAUGAAAUAUUUGUUCUUUCUUGGU